GUACACACUGUAUAUGCAAUACGACAAAAUCAUGCCGUAUAGCUACUGGUACGCAUCUAACUUCACAGUUUACUGUCAAGUGUCAAUAACGUCAGUUAAACUUUUGUUUGUAUCUGCGUUUACAAAAUUUUUCAUUCCCGUUUGCUUUUACGAAAACUUUGUUAACUGUGAACUAUUUCAUUAUGACCGACAAGGGAAAGUCCAAAUCUUCCCAACCCUCUAAGAAUAUUCCGAAGGAUGGUCAAGUAAUAAUGGCUAUAAUGAAAGAAAUGGGCAUCACGGAGUAUGAACCCAAAACAAUAAUUCAACUAACAGAGUAUGUUUAUCGCUACACAACCGGCAUUCUUGAAGAGGCACGCACCUUUGCGAAUAAUUGCAAGAAAAAGUUUAUCGACGUAGAGGACGUUAGAUUAGCAUUAAGUUUAACAAACGAGGGCAGCUUUACUAUGCCCCCGCCACGAGAAGUAUUACUCGAAUGCGCCCGUAAUAAAAACAAUACCCCUCUUCCGCUCAUUAAGCCUCACUGUGGACUUCGUCUUCCACCCGAUCGUCAUUGUUUGUCGGCCUGCAACUACGUAUUGAAGAGCAACGCUCAGAAGAAAAACAAAGUGCCGGGCACCGCUGGAGGAAUUAAAUUGGUAACGAAACCGAUGGUCAGUUAUAUUAAACGCACAAAUACAGCACCGCUUACAAAACAAACUGUUACAAUUCCGAAACCCAUCACAAACAUAGCCAAUCAACCGAAAGCUAUACUAAAACCGAAAAUACAAAUACAACAGAACGUGCAAGUGAUUUCCAGCAAUUCUGCCUUACCGAUGGAGAUCGAUAGCGGCAUGUUAAAACGUAAACGCGAAGAGGACGAUACAAAUUCUUAACUUUGUAAAAUGAAAUUUAUUAAUAAAAUACUUUUAAUCUCUCCAA